AUGUCUAGUGGUAUGAAUGUCGAUAAAGAGUAUAUUGCAGCUUCAAUUGAUAUUGGAACAACGCACACUAAAUCAGGAUUUGCCUGCUUUAAAAGGAAAUCGAAUCAAAUAUAUCAUUCAGAAGUAAUAACAAAUAUCGAAGAAUCUGUUAUACUAUUUAGUGAGGAGCGGAAAUUCAUGGCAUUUGGAAAAAAAGCAGUUGAAUUAUAUAUAAAAUCGAAUAAACCAGAAACAUUGUGUUUCAUCAGAAAUUUCAACAUGAAAAUGAAUCUUCCAACACAUCAGGAUAUACGCUUGUGGCGCGCAGCAGAUCAAAGGGGUCGUGGUUAUGUAUUUUUGAUGGAUGUGUAUGCUGAAACCAUCGGAUUUAUAAAGAGUAGGGUAGAAGAAAUGGCUAAAGAAUCUUUUCCUGGAGUGACAAGUUUUCGUUGGGUUUUGACUUUUCCAGAAACAUGGGAACCGGUCGCCAAGGAAUUUUUAAAAGAAGCAGCUCUCCGUGCUGGAAUACCACAGAGUAGACUAUAUUUAGAAAAGGAACACGUUUCAGCAGUCAAAUGGCAACAAAUGUGCCAGUAUAGUGAUCAAAUUGAAAAAUCAAAGUGCCUAUUAGUCGAUUUGGGAGGUGGAUCAACGAAAAUAUAUGCAUGUACGGAGAAGGAAACAUUUGUGGAGACUAUAGCAGAUUCUGGAGGAAUAACUAUUCUGAAAGCUUUUGAAAAUUGUUUGGAUGAGGUGUUCAGUAGACAAGUUCUUGAGUCCUAUAAGCUUAAAGAAAGAGCAGACUACUUCAAACUGUUUGGCAGUUUUAUGAGGAAAAGUCAUGACCUGAAACUAGUUCCCCCCUCAAAUAUGCCCCCUGUCGUGACACAAGUUGAUAAAGGUGAUGAAGAUGAUAACAAAGACAACAAUGACAAUGAAAAAAGGUAA